GGCGCGGAGCCGGCGCUGCCGGCGGGCGUGGGCGGCCGCCGAGGCGACGGUGCCGGAGAGCGCGCCGCAGGUGCGGGGGCGUCCCUGGCCGCGCCGCCUCCGCCGGCCUCUCCCGGCAAGUUUGUCGGGGUCCCCGCUUCGGGGAUCUCCGUGGCCGGUCAGCGGAGUACACGCCCGUCGGUAAAUAGAGAACUCGAGCUGGAGGAGGAGGAGGAGGAGGAGGAGGAGGAGGAGGAAGACGCGGAGGAAGCGCGUCCGCACCCGGUCCGGGAUGCGAGUCUCGUUGAGGGCAGUGGUGGCUUCUGGGACAUCUUCCUUGGCCCUUUCCCACCCAGGUCUCACGGACUAAUUGGCCCUCAUUCAGCAGGAACCUAACAGAUAAGUCAUCCUGCUGUAUGUCAAGACGAUGCUUGGUUUUAAAACCGCUCUGAAAAUGGUUCAGGUAGUAUUGCCACGUGACAUUGUCGGGAGGCAGCAAGCAGCUUGAGAAUUUCCCACGAAACAAAUAGCAGCUCGCAGGAAGCACCUUUCCAUUAAGGAGGACUGCAUGGCCAGCCGCCCCCACUGAAGGGCUGAAAAUGAGUGUCCCGGUGGCUCCAAAGAAAUCAUGUUACGCUCCGUUGCGGGACAACAGAAAUGGAGUGAAAAAUAAUAACGAGAGUGUCCUAAGUCUGGGAGAUACAAAUGCCAAUCAGGUCAUGUUGGAGGUCCGUUCCUCUCAUGAUGGGUCUGGGACAGGUGGCCCGACGGAUGAAAUUAGAAACGCAAAUUCAAGGGAGCCAGAGAACAGCACCCGCUUCAGUAAGGAAUUCCACCAACUUCAGGGCUUUGGGCAGGGACUGCAGGCUGGCCCCACCGGCCUGAAAGAUGUUAAAUUUUCUUCCACCGUUCACGGAGGACUGGACGAAGAGCACACAACAGAGAGAGGCACAGAUACCCUCCAGACCCCUUGGAGUAUUCAGGGAGCAAGUCUGUCAAGUUGGAGGCAUGUCAUGGCUGAGGCCGGUCCAGAGGUUUCGGCUAAAAGGGACGCUGACCCGCCCCGGCAGGCUCCUCAGGAUAAGUCGGCAAAGACCCUUGACAACGAGGAAUUGAGAAGGCAUUCUCUGGAAAGGGCUGGAAGCACUGCUGUUGUCGUGGAUGUGCCCCCGAGGGAGCACGGUGGGAGGCUCAGCGGGCAGAGUCCGCAGCCCACACCGCGGGACUCCCCCGCGGCCCCGCGGCCUGAGCCCAGUGGUGGGGACGGGCCGCGGACGAUGUCCACGGCCCCCUCUCUAGGGGCGGCCUUUCUUCCGGCUGACUGUGCCUCAGAGGGAAAGAGUGUGCGUCAUCCUAAACCAUCUACCUCAGCAGCCAAGGAGACCACCCCCUCGGAGACCCAGAUGGGGCGUGCACCGAGAGUUAGCGACGAGAGCACAUCGCGUUCUGCCCCCGCAGAGCCCGGUCCCCAUUCGGCUUCAGCCCCGAAGGGAAUCCCGAGUAAGCCAGAAGCACAGUUAGGUCAGGGAAAGGGAGAGCCCCAGCCGGAGCCGAAGGUCGUCCACCCCAAGGCCGUGCAGGAAUUGAAGUCAAGCCCGGCGGAGUGUGUGGGAUGCUCGAAGGAAGGGGCCGUGUUGUCCCUGGAACGGAAGGGGCCUGGUGGGAAAGCACAGCAGGAAACUGCCCCCGGUGGCGCACCUAGCCUGUCACCUAACGGUCUCCAGCACGUCGGGGCGGGAGGAGGCAGGAGCGAGCAGGACAAGAGAGCGGGCAGCCUACCUGAGGAGGGUGCUCUUCAGCCCACGCUCACCCAGGGCCUUGCUUCCUUGGCAGCCGCUGAUAAGCAGCCCGCAGGUAAAGUUUCAGCAGGUGCAGCCGGGAAGCCCGGCGAAAUGGCAUCCAGUGCCGUUUCGUCGGGAGACGGCCAGGUACCUCUUAUCCUUUAUGAUCCACCUGACAGGAGGCCCUCAGAGGUCAGUGAGGCGAGAGCGCUGGGCGGCGGGCACGUGGACAGUGCUGCGGCUUGUACUUCGGAUCCUUCUGUUGGAGAGAGCAACGCCGGGGUCCCCGAGCCCCUUGACCCUCAAGGCAACAGCUCCGAAGGAGGGGCCAGCAAAGAGGUCACGGCGGCUGUUGCAGGAAAUAGGAACCUUCUGGAAAGUGCAGCUGAGACUGAAAGCGCCCCCGGGGGAGCGGGCGCCCUUCGCAGCGCCCCAGCACCCCUCCAUCCAGAGACGACCGCGAAUGUGACCCACCAGCCUACACCAGCCAGUAGCAGCAGCUUUCAGGACUUGGGCGCGUCGGGUGCGGGUGCGAGGCCCCCCUCGGCCGCCGUCCCCCCCACCGAUGGCGCGCGGUUGUCGAACCCCCCCCCAAAAGUGCCUGACAAGAGCACCUGCCCCAGCGGGGUCCCCGAGCCGGUCCUCCCACCUUCUGAAGACACCCCUCCCUCACAGGAUGGCAUGGAGAACCACCAGGCUGAAAAGGCGGAAGAAAGGACAGAACCCAAGCCCAUCGUUCUGCCCAAGCCCAAGCACGUGAGGCCCAAGAUCAUCACCUACAUCAGGAGGAGUCCUCAGGCCCUCGGCCAGGUGGACACUUCGCUGGUGCCAGUGGGGCUUCCUUACACUCCGCCCACGUGUCCCAUGCCUCUUCCCAAAGAGGAGAAGGCAGCAGGUGGUGACCUGUAUGAGAAAUUCAAGCCAGACUUGCAGAAGCCACGGGUCUUCAGUUCCGGGUUGAUGGUGUCUGGGAUCAAGCCCCCAGGACACCAUUUCAGUCCGAUGAGUGAGAAGUUUUUGCAGGAGGUGACAGAACGCCCCGGAAAAGAAGAAUUUUGCAGUCCGUCCUAUACUCAUUAUGAAGUUCCUCCAACUUUCUACCGAUCGGCCAUGCUCCUUAAGCCCCAGUUGGGAUUGGGUGCAAUGUCCCGUUUACCAUCUGCAAAGAGCAGGAUCCUGAUCGCGAGUCAGAGGUCCUCAGCGAGUGCCAUCCACCCACCAGGACCCAUCGCGGCAGCUGCUGGCCUCUACAGUCCCGAUUCGGCAGCAGAUUUAAAGAAAGCCUCCGGUUCAAAUGCUGCAAAAUCCAAUCUACCAAAAUCUGGACUUCGUCCUCCUGGAUACUCACGUCUCCCAGCAGCCAAGCUGGCGGCGUUUGGCUUCGUGCGGAGCUCCAGCGUGUCCUCGGUCUCCAGCACCCAGUCCGCGGACAGCGCGCAGCCGGAGCAGAGCAGACUGGCCAACCGGUCAACCUUUGGGAAUGAAGACCAGCCAGCUCCGAAGGCGGCUCUGCCUUCCAAAGACGCACCCAAGGGGGCCAGCCGGGCGACCCCACCAGCGUCCUCCAGUGUGACAACACCCCGCCGGAGUUUGCUUCCAGCGCCCAAAUCCACAUCUAUACCCACUGGAUCCAAGAAAGAAGUACAAAAAGAUCAAGAUGCUAAUAAACCUGCUGUUUCGUCCCCUAAAAGAACAGUGGCUGCAACCACCAAGCUUCAUUCACCAGGAUACCCCAAACAGAGGACAGCGGCUCCCCGAAAUGGCUUUUCCCCCAAGCCGGACCUGCAGGUGCGUGAAGCCGAGCGGCAGCUGGUGCAGCGGCUGAAAGACAGGUGCCAGCAGCAGGCCAGGCAGCUGGUCCUGGUCCAGGCGGAGCUGCGGAGGGCCGUGUGCGGCUUCCAGGCCCUUGCCGUGUCUACCCAGUAUUUCUCCAGAAAGAAUGAAAGUGCCCUUGUGAAAGAAAAAGAGCUGUCAAUCGAACUUGCACACGUCAGGGAUGAAGUUGCCUUCAACGCGGCCAAGUGUGAGAAACUACAAAAGGAGAAGGAGGACCUGCAGUGGAGGUUUGAGGAGCAGGUGCGCGAGCUGGGCUGGCGGCAGCAGGCGGAGCUCCAGGACCUGGAGGAGAGGCUGCGGGUGCAGUUCCAGACGGAGGCCGUGCGCCUGCAGGAGGGGCACCACGCCCAGCUGCUGCGGAUCAAGUGUCAGCACCAGGAGCAGGUAGAAGACAUCACGGCCAGCCAUGAGGCUGCUGUCCUGGAGAUGGAGAAUAACCACACGGUAGCCAUUGCGAUCCUGCAGGACGACCACCACCACAAGGUCCAAGAACUGAUGUCUACCCAUGAGCUUGAAAAGAAAGAAUUGGAAGAAAAUUUUGAAAAGCUGCGGCUGUCAUUACAGGACCAGGUACACAUGCUGACCUUCCAGAGCCAGUCUCUGCGGGACCGGGCCAGACGCUUUGAGGAGGCCCUGAGGAAGAACACCGAAGAGCAGCUGGAGAUUGCACUGGCUCCCUAUCAGCACUUGGAAGAAGACAUGAAGAGUUUGAAGCAGGUGUUAGAGAUGAAGAAUCAGCAAAUACACCAGCAGGAAAAGAAGAUCAUUGAGCUAGAAAAACUGGCGGAAAAGAACAUUGUUCUAGAAGAAAAGAUCCAGGUUCUCCAGCAGCAGAACGAAGACCUCAAAGCAAGGAUCGACCAGAACACCGUUGUCACAAGACAACUGUCAGAGGAAAAUGCCAAUCUCCAGGAAUACGUGGAGAAAGAAACCCAGGAGAAGAAGAGACUGAGCCGAACCAACGAAGAGCUGCUUUGGAAGCUCCAAACCGGGGACCCGACCAGCCCGGUUAAACUGUCCCCUACAUCCCCUGUUUACCGCGGCUCCUCCUCGGGGCCCUCCUCUCCCGCCAGAGUCAGCACGACGCCCAGAUGACGCCGCCGCCACGCCGCCUGCGGGAGCCACGGCUCCUGUCCACCCGGGGCUCCUACCUGGAGGGAGAAUUGACCAGGGGCCGGCCCGGGGCUGGCCCUGCACGCAUGCUCAGUAGCUGCCUAGCUGCAUUCUAAGCCAAGUCCUCUUCCGAUCCUCGUGUAAGACUGUCCUGGCAUUGGCACUUAGGAAAGCGUAAACGGUAGUGUCUGAUGUGCAAACGUUUGACCAUAGUUAGAGCCAAAAGAAAGAAAGACACUCCAGUUGUUCCCGAGCAAUGAACUUUCACUGCAGAAUUUCAGGUUAGUUACAAAUAGCUCAGUUUUGAAUAUACAUUGAAUAAUCAUUGUGUACUGCACCGACCUGUGUGUAUAUUUAGAUACACGUAUCUACACAUGCAGCGGUUCUAAAUUGCAUUUUUUAUAACACGAAGUGCUGACAUA